GAGAAUUCAUGUGGCCUGAGACAGAGGCCUGAGUGGACCAGCUGGGGAAGGCACCGUGAUGCCCUCAACCCCCUCCCAUGAGGGGGCCUCCUGUCCUGCCUGCAAGGGAUCCCUGGAGCAUGCAGUGACGGCCACCUGUGGACACACCUUCUGCCGGCUGUGCCUCGCCCUGCCCUCCCAGAUGGGAGCCCAGCCUUCCGGCAGGGUUCUGCUCUGUCCCCUCUGCAAGGAGAAGGAGCGGGCAGAGACUGUCAUGGUCCCAGUGCCCCUGGGCCCUCUGGGGGAGACUUACUGCGAGGAGCAUGGCGAGAAGAUUUACUUCUUCUGUGAGAACGAUGCUGAGCUACUCUGUGUGUUCUGCCGUGAGGGUCCCUCUCACCAGGCCCACAGUGUGGGCUUCCUCGACGAGGCCAUUCAGCCCUACCGGGAUCGUCUCAGGAGUCGGCUGGAAGCUCUGAGCGUGGAGAGAGAUGAGAUUGAGGACAAAAAGAGUCGGGAAGACCAGAAGCUCCAUGUGCUCCUGACUCAGAUUGAAAGCAAGAAACAGCAGGUGGAAGCAGCUUUUGAGAGGUUGCAGCAGGAGCUGGGGGAACAGCAAUGUCUCCUGCUGGCCAGGCUGAGGGAGUUGGAGCGGCAGAUCUGGAAGGAGAGGGACGAGUACAUCUCAACGGUCUCUGAGGAGGUCGCCCGGCUUGGAGCCCAGGUCAAGGAGUUGGAGGAGAAGUGUCAGCAGCCAGCAAGUGAGCUUCUACAAGAUGUUAGAGUCAACCAGAGCAGGGGUGAGAUGAAGACUUUUGUGAGUCCAGAGGCCAUUUCUCCUGACCUCGUCAAGGAGAUCCGCGAUCUCCACAGGAAAAUACUCCCCCUCCCAGAGAUGAUGAGGACGUUCUCAGAAAACUUGGUGCAUCAUCUGGAAACAGAUUCAGGAGUUGUCACUCUGGACCCUCAGACCGCCAGCCGGAGCCUGGUCGUCUCCGAGGACAGGAAGUCAGUGAGGUACACCCGGCAGAAGCAGAACCUUCGCGACAGCCCUCUGCGCUUCGAGGGUCUCCCGGCGGUGCUGGGCUCCCGGGGCUUCUCCUUCGGGCGCCACCGCUGGCAGGUGGAGGUGCAGCUGAGUGACGGCGGCGGCUGCACGGUGGGGGUGGCCAGGGAGGAGGUGAGGAGGAAGGCAGAGCUGGGUCUGAGAGCCGAGGAGGGCAUCUGGGCGGUGAUCCUCUCGCACCAGCAGUGCUGGGCCAGCACCUCCCCGGGCACCGACCUGCCGCUGAGCGAGAUCCCGCGCAGCGUGGGCGUCGCCCUGGACUACGAGGCGGGGCGGGUGACCCUGCUCAACGCCGAGACCCAGGCGCCCAUCUUCACCUUCACCGCCUCUUUCUCCGGCAAAGUCUUCCCCUUUUUCGCGGUCUGGAAGAAAGGUUCCUGCCUGACUUUGAAAGGCUGAGGUGGAGCGUCCAGAGGGCGGUGUUAGCGGAGAAAGCAGCGCCCCGGGA